AUGAACCAAGGGAACACGACUCUCCCACCAACCACUUGGGUGAAUUCCAGUCAGCCCCCAGCAGCUGUGAGCGCUGCGCACCUCACCGCAGCCGUGUUGCUCUUCCCCACUUUCCUUGUGGGUGUUCUGGGGAACGGGUUGUACCUGUGGGUGCUGGGACUGAAGAUGAGGAGGACGGUGACCACCCUCUGGUUCCUGUCCCUGGUCUCCUGCUACUUCCUCUUCACCCUGCUGACCCCGUUCUUCAUGGUCUACCUCCUCAUGGGUUUACACUGGGUAUUUGGCACAGCCAUGUGCAAGAUCCUCAACACCUGCAUCUCCGUGGCCAUGUUCUCUGCUGUCUUCCAUCUCACCCUCAUCGGCCUGGACCGCUACAUCCUCACUCACCAUCCCAUUUGGUCCCGGAAUCACCGCACCGUGCCACGGGCUGGGAAGCUGGUUGUGUGCGUGUGGCUGGCCUCCUUCAUUCUCAGCACUCCCUACCUGGCUUUCCGGGAGACCCAGGUGGUGGACGGGGACAGGAUCAUCUGCAUCAACAAUUACACCCUCUCUGGAGUCUGGAAUGGAGCCGAGACAAAGGACCUGGGGAGACGAGUCCACCUGGCCAUCUUCAUUGUCCGGUUCCUGCUGGGCUUCCUGCUGCCUUUCUGCACCAUUGCCGGAUGCUGUGUCUGCAUUGGGCUGAAGAUGAAGAAGAAGAAACUGGCGUGGGCUGGGAAGCCCUUCAAAGUCAUGGUGACCAUGGUGGUUUCCUUCUUCCAUGGCUGGCUGCCCUACCACCUCUACCAUGGCUUGAAGCUCUACGAGAAGGAGGUGCCAGAGUCGAUCAUGAGUGCCCUCUUUGUCAUUUACAUCUUGUUAUCCUGCUUCAAUGCCUGCUUCACCCCCAUCCUCUACCUCUUUGUGGGGGAGAAAUUCCGGCAGGUCUUCAGGACGUCUCUUCUCACUCUGGUCAAAGUGGCUUUUGUCGAUGAUCUUGACAGCAGUGCCCACGAGUCUAGUGGAAGACAAGAGAACACAAAAUAG